AUGUCGUGGUUUGGAUCUUCUACUUCAGCAUUGCAGUUAGAACUUGACAAUAAGAUUGGUGAUGCCACUUCGGAAUCUAUUCCAAAUGGUGAACUAGACUUAUCGACUGCUCUUGAAGUGACGGAUUUCAUUAGGUCAAAAAAACUACCAGCACAGCAAUCUAUGAGGAGUUUGAAAAAACGGUUAAACUUGGUUUACCUGAACCCUAACCUACUCACAAGCACUUUAAAACUUGUUGAUUUGUGUGUGAAAAAUAGUGGUUUCCAUUUUCUUGUAGAGAUUAGCUCACGAGAGUUUAUGGAUUAUUUGGUCGACUUUGUUUUCAAAGUCCAUUACAAUACCAAAGACCACAACUACGAUGAACAUAAAGUUGGCGAGUUGAUUCUCUCCCUCAUUAAACAAUGGGUAAACUUUUUCCAGGGCCAAUUGCAACUAAACUAUGUGGAGAAAAAAUACCAGGAACUCGUUAAGGAAGGGUACUCUUUUCCAACAGCGGACGAAAGUGUAGGCGGAGGAGCAAGCGACAGCAAGUUUAUUGAUUCCGAAGUACCACCAGACUGGAUUGAUAGCGACUCUUGUAUGAUUUGUUAUACGCCAUUCUCCAUGUUGAAUAGAAAACACCAUUGUCGUGCAUGUGGUGGUGUUUACUGCCAAGACCAUUCGUCAAAUAAUAUGAAGUUGGUGAAUCUAGGGAUAAUGGAACCUGUGCGGGUUUGUGACAAUUGUUACGCCAAGCGUAAUAAAAAGACAUCAAAACCACACGCAGAGAGAAGAAGUGGCCACGAAGACGAAGAUGAGGAGCUUAGAAAGGCGAUCGAGUUGAGUUUAAAGGAGAGUUCAGUUGGAAAAGUAACGAGCAGCAGCAACAACACCAGCAAUAGUCGCUAUGUAGAUUCAAUUCCUCAACGAGAAUCGCAAAAUACCGAAACUGGCAAUGAUGAAGAUGAGGAGCUCAAAAAGGCUAUACAAUUGAGUUUGCAAGAAUAUGAAUCGCAAAAGCCCCAGAAUAAUGAAUCUAUGGAAAACAAUUCUUCUAUAUCUCACAAUAUAGAAGAGCUGGAUCCAUACAAUAUUCCUUUCAAAACAAAGACAUCGAAAUCAAAAGCUCAAAUGAAUUCAAACUCACUGAGACCUUCAUCAAUAUCGAAUUCGUCGCAGCUGCAAGCACAACUGCCUAUUGACGAGCUCAAACGAACAGAGGAAGGUUUAAGACAAGCAAACGAGAAGUAUGCCACAUUUUUGGAAAUGAGCAACAAGAUUAAUACCAUUACAAGGUUGUAUGAACAAUAUUGGGAAAAGAAAUUGAGAUUGGGUCAACCACAAGAGUAUCAACAACCUCAUCAGCAAUCAUACCAACAGUCGCAUCAGCAAUCAUACCAACACCCAUAUCAACAAUCAUAUCAACAACCUCACCAACAACCUCACCAACAGUCACAUCAACAACCUCACCAACAACAAGGAUACAAUCAAGAGGAGCUUUCACCACAACCUAAUCAACUGCAGAUUCACAACCAAGCUGCAUCUUCUCCUUCUUUUGAACAAGAACAACAACUAGAAGAACAACCAAUUACAUCAGAGAUGAGUGGAAACAGUACUGGAAACAUGGUGAGUUUACCUCAUUAUCCGCCACUCGACGACAACUCAAAUCUCAGCAACGAAUUGCCUACACAGUCAUUUAUUCGUCACGCAUCAAGCACUCUACCCCCACAUGCUUAUGAAGAUGCAUCGGCAAAAUUUCCAUCUUUAGAAGCAGUCGAGGAAAAGAAUAAACACGAGGAGGCAUUGAUAGAAUUAUAA